AUGUCAUACUACCUUUCCAUGGUAAUAAGCGGCGAAGGCAAAGACCCCAAGCAUCGAUCUCACUGGGCAUUCGCAAUCCACCAGCCGGCACAAAUCAUCGGCGAUCUUCUCCACGUCCGACCCAUUGAUUUAAGGCGGUUGUGGUACGAAUUCGAACAUCGCUCGGACUCGGAACUCAUUCUGGUGGAUGCGAUAGGAUUGGCGAAGAUUGCAGAGCUGGAUGGCCCACAGCGCCUGCAAGCAAUCAGUGUGAUCAGAGAUGAAACGGCCCCGAAGGAUGGCGUGAGAAGAUGCCAGGAUUGGGUCUUUAGUGCUUUGAUCGCGCUUGAGGUGGAGGAACUUGUUCCGGCUGGAACGUCCGAGUUGUGGAAAGGGCUGAUGGGGAGAACGGCGACGGAGGUAGAGGAGGCUGUUGGACCGAAAUGGACGAGUUUCCGUGGAUCUCAUAGUUCGCUGCGGUAG